AUGGUUCGUUCUCCAAAAUCAUCUGCACAUCAUCAUUCUAGUUCACAUAAAAAACAUAAACGUCACAGAGAUUCGUCAUCAGAUUCCGAUGAUAAUCAACGUCGUCAUCGUAGACGAUCUCGAGAAGACAACCGAUCAAGUUCAAAUAUUCGUGUUAAACAAGAGCCCGUAACGGAUAAUGAUGAACCUCGCCGUCAACAACGGUCUUCGAAUCCAUCGUCACGGUAUCCUCGUCAUCAGCAGCAACAACGCAACAAUAGAGACGAAAAAAAUUAUCAAUGGGGAAAACAAGCUGAACAAGAGAAAGAAAAACAGGAACCCGUGGAAAAAGAACAACCGAAUUUCGGCUUAUCCGGUGCUUUACUCAAAGAUACAAAUACAUAUAAAGGCGUAGUGAUAAAAUAUAGUGAACCACUUGAAGCAAGAAAACCAAAACGAAGAUGGCGAUUGUAUGUCUUCAAAGGAGAUCAAGAAUUACCAAUGUAUCAAAUUCAUCGUCAGUCUGCCUAUUUAAUUGGUCGCGAACGUGCUAUUUGCGAUCUACCCGUUGAUCAUCCUUCGUGUUCGAAACAGCACGCUGUUUUACAGUAUCGUCUGAUGGACUACAAACGUGACAAUGGUACAAUGGGACGCCGUGUUGUGCCUUAUAUCAUCGAUCUGGGUUCUGCAAAUGGAACAUUCCUCAAUAAUCAAAAGAUUGACUCUCAGCGUUACUAUGAAUUACAGGAAAACGAUGUGAUCAAGUUCGGAUUCAGUACACGAGAAUAUGUUUUAUUACAUGAAGAUUCGGCGAACAAUCUUGAACCUACCGAAGGUUACGAGGACGAAGGCACGGAAAUCAAACAGGAGCCAAAAACUGCCUUAACUAAAAUAUUAUUUGAAUUAAAAACAUACGAUUUAAUUCUUGGUGCAGUUAUUGUAUUUACAGCCGUUGUAAUGAGCAAACGAACAGCAUCCAAAGAUCCACCUGGCCGAUUGUCGAAAUUGUUGAAAAGUAUCGAUAACAAUGGGAAAGACGACGAUUUCGACGAUAAAGAUACCAGUGAUGAGGCUAUUGUUCCCAAAGCAGCUAGUCGAAGAUUGGAUGAUUCAGUAGAUGGCGAAGACGAUGAUUUAUAUCGAUCAUCAGCAGUUGGUACAUCAAACCGUGGAUAUAAAGAUUGCCGAGGAGAAAUGGAAUUAAAACCUGACCACGAAAAUCGGCCACUAUGGGUGACGUCAGAUGGGCACAUUUUUCUGGAAUCGUUUUCCUCAGUUUAUAAACAUGCGCACGAUUUUCUAAUCGCCAUUGCUGAACCUGUCUGCCGACCGGAGUACAUUCACGAAUAUAAAUUAUCUGCCUAUUCGCUUUAUGCUGCUGUUUCCGUUGGUUUACAAACAAAAGACAUUGUUGAAUACUUACAACGACUUAGUAAAACAUCCAUUCCCGAAGGCAUUAUCAAAUUUAUUGAAGUGUGCACACUGAGUUAUGCCAAAGUCAAAUUAGUAUUGAAACACAAUCGCUAUUUCGUUGAAAGUGCUUUUCCCGAUGUGUUGAAACAUCUUCUACAAGAUCCUGUAAUUCAAGAGUGUCGAUUGGUAUCUAAUGGAAAUCCAACGGAGACGAAAAGUACGACAGACGAGAAAUCUCGUCUAGUUAUUCCAGGAACAACAGUUGCUGCAACCACAACAGGAACGGAUGCUGUAGCCACAACAACAAACGAACAAGUUCCCGAUGACAUUCGUCGUUUAUAUGAAAAAAUCGAUCGCGAUGAAGAAGAUAUCGAAGAUUUGAAAAUUGUUUCGUUUGAAGUUAUUCAAAAUAAAACUGAACAGCUACGUAAACGUUGUCAAGAAAUCGAACAUCCUUUAUUGGAAGAAUACGACUUUCGUCAUGAUACAGUUCUGAAAAAUCUAAAUAUCGAAUUGCGACCAAAUGCGAUCUUACGUCCGUAUCAAGAGAAAAGCUUAAGAAAAAUGUUCGGCAAUGGACGUGCACGAUCGGGAUUAAUUGUUUUACCGUGUGGAGCAGGAAAAUCUCUAGUCGGAGUAACGGCUGCUUGUACAGUAAAUAAAAGUUGCUUAGUGCUUUGCAAUUCGAACGUGUCUGUCCAACAAUGGAAACAACAAUUCAAGAUGUGGUCUACAGCCGACGAUUCCAAAGUACGAUUAUUCACCUCGGACGAUAAAGAAAAGCCAAAUGAUUCAUGUGUGUGCAUAAGUACUUAUCCGAUGAUAGCACGUACGGAACGAUGCAAUGCAGAAACAACUGAAGUUAUGAAAUUACUCAAAGAUCGCGAAUGGGGCUUGAUGAUCCUCGAUGAGGUUCAUACGAUUCCUGCUGAACGAUUUCGUAAAGUAUUAACCAUCGUUCGUGCUCACACAAAAUUAGGUCUGACCGCUACAUUAGUUCGAGAAGACGACAGAAUUACAGAUUUGAACUUUCUUAUCGGUCCCAAACUGUACGAAGCGAACUGGAUGGAAUUACAAAAUCUUGGGCAUAUUGCUAAGGUUCAAUGUGCCGAGGUUUGGUGUCAAAUGACUCCUGAUUUCUUCCAAGAGUACGUUUCAGUUAAAAACGAUAAAAAUCGUCGUUUGCUUCUAUGCGUUAUGAAUCCGAACAAAUUUCGUGCAUGCCAAUUUCUAAUACGUUACCACGAACGACGAAAUGAUAAAGUGAUCGUCUUUUCAGACAGUAUGUUUGCACUGGAAACUUAUGCAAAAAAACUUGACAAACCGUAUAUCUGCGGUAAAACUUCGCAGAGUGAACGUAUUCAAAUUCUUCAAAAUUUUCAGCAUAAUCCAAGAAUUAAUACGAUCUUCGUAUCGAAAGUAGCCGAUACAUCGUUUGAUUUGCCCGAUGCGAACGUUCUUAUUCAAAUUUCCAGUCAUGGUGGAUCGAGAAGACAAGAAGCUCAGCGACUUGGUCGAAUCUUGCGUGCAAAAAAGGGAACCAUCGUUGAAGAAUACAAUGCAUUUUUCUAUUCACUUGUUUCUCAAGACACCGUGGAAAUGUAUUACUCCGCUAAACGGCAAAGUUUCCUCAUCAACCAAGGUUAUUCCUACAAAGUGAUCACACGAUUGGCAAGCGAAGAAGACAAUCUAUUCUUUUCCACGAAAGAAGAACAGCGACAGUUACUCGAACGAAUUCUUCUGUCCACAGAUCGAGGUGAAGACAAAGAAGAAGAAUCUAUCGGACAAGUCGGAUCAUCAUCGACGUCUAUCGAUCGUCGUGUGGGUACAAUGAAUUCGUUAUCCGGUGCUGAUCAAACAACAUACAUGGAAGUGAAACAAGUGAAAAAACCGACGACCAAUAAGUCAUCGCGAUCAAACAAGCCGCAGCAUGAAUUAUUUCGAAAAUAUCGUUAA